CAGGACCAGGUCGGCUGGAGAGGAUGAGGGCGACCGGGGCGGCCGGGCGGUCCCCUGGCUCCUCCGGGAAGCGGGGACACCGGCAGGAAGGAAGGCGGUGGCUGGGUUUCAGACGCCUGGGGCUGGGGCCGGGGAGACCCCGGGGCGGCCCUGGUGCCGCUGGACCAGGACUACGGUGACACCCGGGCUCCGCGGGCGGGGCUGCGCUGGGACGCCGGCGAGGGGAGGCCGGACAGGUGCGCGUGUGCGCGCUCCCGAGUGCCCAGGGGGCGGGACCCCCGAGAGGGCUGGAGCCGGUGAGCCCGUGUGACCCGAGCCCCUGGAGCCGGGGCCCCCGCGGCCGUCGGGGAGCGCGGGCUCGGGUCCCCAGGGCGGGCCGGGAAGUAAACAGACACCCGGAGUGGCGGCGGCUGCGCGCUGGCCGGCGCAACCUGUUACCUCGCCCUGCCCGGGGCCUGGCGCCAGGGCCGCGGGAAGCCGGCCCCGAGAUGCUGCAGAUGCCAUGAGCUCCCCGGAUGGACCACGCUUCCGGUCGGGGCUGCUCUCCGGGGCUGCCUCCCCCAGUGGCGAGGACGGCUUCUUCCCCUUUGUGCUGGAGCGGCGGGACUCAUUCCUGGGAGGGGGCCCAGGGCCUGAUGAGCCCGAGGACCUGGCCUUGCAGCUGCAGCAGAAGGAGAAAGAUCUGUUGCUGGCAGCAGAACUGGGCAAGAUGCUUCUGGAGCGCAACGAGGAGCUGCGGAGGCAGCUGGAGACGCUGAGUGCCCAACACGCUGAGCACGAGGAACGGCUGCAGCAGGAGAACCAUGAGCUCCGAAGGGGCCUGGCAGCCCGAGGCGCUGAGUGGGAGGCCAGGGCUGUGGAGCUGGAGGGGGAUGUGGAGGCGCUAAGGGCCCAGCUGGGGGAGCAGCGCUCCGAGCAACAGGACAGCGGCCGCCAGCGGGCACAGGCGCUCAGCGAGCUCAGCGAGCAGAACCUCCGGCUCAGUCAGCAGCUGGCCCAGGCCUCCCAGACCGAGCAGGAGCUGCAGAGAGAACUAGAUGCCCUUCGGGGUCAGUGCCAAGCUCAGGCGCUAGCUGGGGCAGAGCUAAGAGCACGGCUGGAGAGUGUGCAGGGGGAGGUCUUUCCCCAGAACCAGAUGCUGCAGAGCCGCCGGCAGGACCUAGAGGCACAGAUCCGAAGCCUGCGUGAGGAGGUGAACAAGGGCCAGGGCAGGCUGCAGACUACUCAUGAGGAGCUGCUGCUGCUGCGGCGGGAGAAGAGGGAGCACAGCCUCGAGCUGGAACGUGCACGCUUCGAGGCCGGGGAGGCGCUGAGCGCGAUGCGGAGGCUGCAGCGACGCGUCUCAGAGCUGGAAGAGGAGUCACGCCUUCAGGACGCUGACGUCUCUGGUGCCUCGCUGCAAUCGGAGCUGGCCCACAGCCUGGACAGCGACCAGGACAAGGACCAGGAUACUAGUGUAUAUGGAGACACCCAGACCACCCUGCCUCUGGAGACUCAAGAGGCAUCCAGACCCCAGCCUUCACCCCAGGAGAGCUUGGAGUCCCCUAAGAAGCAAGCUUCUCUGAGUCCAGUGGAGAUACUAGAAGAGAAGGAAGAGGAAGUGGCUAGGCUGCAAGAUGAGAUCACACUGCAGCAGGAAGAGCUGCAGACCCUGAGGGAGGAGUUGCAAAGGCAGAAGGAGCUUCGGGCACAGGACAACCCCGAGGAGGCCCUGCGCUGCGCUCUCUCGGACCGGGAACAGGCUGUGAACAAGGCCGUGGAACUGUCCCUGGAACUCAGCCGCGUCUCGCUGGAGAGGGACUCCCUGUCCCGGGAGCUGCUGCGCACCAUCCGCCAGAAGGUGGCGCUGACGCAGGAGCUGGAGGCCUGGCAGGACGACAUGCAGGUGGUGAUCGGGCAGCAGCUGCGCUCGCAGCGCCAGAAAGAGUUGAACGCAGCCGCGUCGGCCCCACGCCGUCCCACAACACGCUUCUCACUGCGCUUGGGUCCCGGGCCGGCCGGCGGCUUCCUCAGCAACCUUUUCCGAAGGACCUGAGGGCUGGGCCGAGGCGACCACCCUUGACCCACUCUGGGGCGUCCUUUCCUCUAAGGGCCAAUGGAGCGACAGGGCCUGGAUGUCUUCCAAGUGGGGUCGGUGAACUCUCCGCCCCGGGAGGCUAGACAGGGGCUCUUCGGGAGUAGGGACAGCUUUGGGGCCAGAGGCCCAGGUGGGUGGCGGGGGCAGGUGCAAUAGAGCUUCUAUUUUCCCAGUCUACAUAGGUCUAUCAUUUCUAAGCACUAGACUCCCUGAGUCUCUGGCUGCUCCAGGUCAGGGGUGGGGGUGGGUAUUUAUGUAUCAAUAUCAGACAGAGUAAUAUAUAAACCACUAAGUGAA